ACAAGCAUAAAUUUUAGAUUGUCAUUAUUCGCAAUUCGUUUGUCGUUUUCGGCUGUUUUGUGUCCGAUCCUGUUCUAGUAACAUUUGUUUGAAAUUUUGCAAUUUUGUUUAGCUGUAGAAGAAAGUCCUUAUAGCGUAGCAUAAUGCCUAGCUUCACGGUGAAAGUGAAAUGGGGAAAAGAAAAUUUUCCUAAUGUCGAGGUCAACACCGACGAGGAACCAAUGCUUUUCAAGGCCCAAUUAUAUGCCCUAACCGGAGUGCAACCAGAGCGGCAGAAAGUGCUCUGCAAAGGCAUUAAUCUGAAGGACGAUGAAUGGAACAUGCCCAUCAAGAAUGGUGCUACAAUUUUGUUGUUGGGUACCAAAGAAGAGGUGCCCCAAGAGCCAGUAGAAAAACCAAAAUUCAUAGAAGAUAUGAAUGAGAGUGAAUUGGCUACCGCGUUGGAGCUGCCUGCUGGAUUGACAAAUUUGGGUAACACAUGUUAUAUGAAUGCAACCUUGCAAUGCCUGAAGUCAGUUCGGGAGCUUCGCGACGCUUUGAAGAACUUCAAAGAGGAAUCAUCUGGAUUGUCCGGUCUGGCCGGUCUUGCUUCGCCUGGGGCAAUAACAUUGUCCAUGCGGAAUCUUUUUGACGAUAUGGAAAAAAGCGAUACUGUCACGCCGGUAUUGUUCCUACAAAGACUGCACAUUGCAUUUCCAAAUUUUGCACAAACUGGUGAAAAUGGAACCUAUCGCCAACAGGACGCGAACGAGUGUUGGUCCGAGCUCCUCAAAAUGCUCCAACAGAAGCUGCCACCUAUAAAGGGGGAGAAGGAUCAGAUAGCCAAACACAGUUCGUUCAUUGAUCAAUGGUUCGGAGGCACUUUUGACGUACAAAUGAAGUGCACCGAAGCGGAGGAUGAGCCCGCGAGCGAAUCGAAAGAAAACUUUCUCCAGCUCAGCUGCUUCAUCUCCACCGAGGUCAAAUAUAUGCACUCGGGCAUUCGAUUGAGAUUGAAAGAACAACUAACCAAACUAUCCCCUUCACUGGGCCGAGAUGCUGUAUACACUAAGACGUCUCUAAUCAGCCGUUUACCGGCAUAUCUGACUGUGCAGUUCGUCCGGUUCCAGUACAAGGGCAAAGAGGGCAUAAACGCGAAGGUAUUGAAGGACAUAAAAUUCCCAAUCGAAUUCGAUGCGUUCGAGUUAUGCACUCCCGAGCUGCAGACCAAACUGUCGCCAAUGCGGACAAAAUUCAAAGAAAUUGAAGAUGCCGAACUUGAACGCAACCUCAAGGGGAAGAACAAAAGCAAAACUCAAUUGGAAAGCGAGAAACCGAAAACCAUUCCCCAGCCGUACUGCUUCGAGAGCGAUCUUGGAAGCAACAACAGUGGCUACUACACGCUGCAAGCAGUGCUGACACAUCAGGGACGAUCGAGUUCUUCAGGGCACUAUGUAGGAUGGGUUCGCCAGAAAGACGAUCAAUGGAUCAAGUUCGAUGACGAUUAUGUUUCACCAGUGGACACCGAAGCCAUCUUGAAACUAUCCGGGGGAGGAGAUUGGCAUUGCGCUUACGUGCUGGUUUAUGGUCCCAAGGUGUUGGAAAUACCUGUGGAUGACGAACAGACUGCAGCAGAUGCUGCCGCUGGCGAUGGUGCGACCGCGACGGACGCAAGCUCCAGCGAAAAAAUGGCUGUGGAUUAGUUUUUGUUUGUUUUUCAAGGCAGUUGAAAUUAUCUCGUGUUUUGUUGACCGUAACGAUAAUUAUUGGAUUGUUUUACUAAUAUAUUAUUUAAAACAGUAAUAAAAAAUACGCCGAAUUAUACACUGAAUUUAUCCCAUUUUAGGACAUACAAUAAACAUGCAUAACAUCGAAA